UCAGUCCAUAGCAAGGAUGAGGACUGGGACGUUCCCCAAGCACUCAAGAAGGAGAGGAGCCGGACGACCUGGUCAGACCAGGCGAACGGAACCACCCCCACGCGAUGAGCCCCAGCACAGCCGGGCGCCGCGAGAGGAAGAAGCCGAAAGCCACCCCAGGCACACGACCCGUUCUCAUGUUGAACAACCUCGGGAUCGUGUGGGCCGGGUCGAGGCACGUCUGGAGAAACUACAACGCCGGGUAGACCGGGAAGAAAAGAAGAAAAUCCUGCUGAACGAAUCUCCGUUCACAGACCGGGUUCAUGAAACCCCAUUUCCAAAGAAGGCAAAACUUGAGGUCCCGAAGUUCACCGGGAAGGAGGACCCGGAAAUUCACGUCAAAACCCUCCAUCAGAGUGGGCGGAUGAUGGGUCUUUCCGGGGAUGAGAAAUGUUUGCUUUUCUUUCAAACCCUUCGCGGCCGCGCCGCUGAGUGGUUUCAUAACUUACCGGCUGGUGAAAUCGAUUCUUUCGAUGAACUGGCUGAGGUGUUUCAAGAAAAGUUUAAAGAAAACUGUACCAAGAGGAAAAAGUUUACCUACUUAAGUACAGCCGGGCAGCGAGAGCACGAAGAUCUGACAAAAUUCCUCACCCGGUGGAAGGAUGAGGUUGACAAGGUGGAAGAGAUGGACGACAAAACAGCCAUGUCCCUCCUUGUGUCCGGACUCCGAUCCGGAGAGUUGUAUAAGGAAUUCUGUAGGAGGCCUCCCCAGUCCUACCAAGAGGCCUACAACACAGCCUGUGAUUAUGCUGACGCUGAAGCACAGGUGUCAUCUAAGAGGGAGGCCGAGCAGGGCCAUUCAAAGGAGAAAAUUUCCUUGAAAAAGGAAAUUGCACUGCCCGGACAACCGGCCGAGCAAAACAAAAAGAAGAAAACAGCCGGUAAGGAGCACUUGCAAGUCAUCUACGGCGGACCAGAAGGGGGAGACUCUGCUUCCCAAAGGAAGAAGUGGGGACGAGAACUCUACGUUGGUGCGGUGGCCCUAAAUCCCCGGUCGAAACAAGCGAGACGGGAACCAAUCACUUUUACUGACCGGGACCUUCCCGCCACAGGAGAAGAUCAUAAUGACCCCCUGGUGAUAACUAUGGACAUGGGUGGAGUUGAUGUCUCCCGGGUACUCGUUGACACGGGCAGUAGUGUUAACGUAUUGUACUUGGAUGCAUUUGAGAAGCUUAAGUUGUGUCGGACACGGCUUGAGCCCUUAAAGACUCCCCUGUCUGGGUUUACCGGGGACUCAGUCGAAGCUGAAAGGUCGAUCCUUCUAACCUGUGAACUGGGCACGGGCGACCAGGUCGUCCAAAAACAAAUGAGGUUUGUGGUCGUGAACAUCAAUUGUGUUCACAAUGCCAUUCUGGGCCGGCCUAGAAUAAACAAAGUCCGUGGGGUCAUCUCCAUGGCUCAUCUCUGUAUGAAAUUCUAUACCCCGGGCGGUAUAGGACAAGUCAAAGGGGAUCAAAAGAAGGCCCGGCAUUGCUAUUUGGAAGCUGUAAAGAAAAUGACAAAGGCGUUUGAGAGAGUCACUUUGGUCUCUCAGGAGGAAGACCGGUCGAAACUAGAACCGGGCGAUGAAACCGAGCAGAUUGUUCUACGGGAAGCUUUCCCAUAAAGAAUGGUACGAAUUGGAAGAGAUCUGCCCGGAGGACUUCGAGAUGAAAUCAUCUCAGUUCUUCGGGAAUAUGCAGAUAUUUUUGCCUGGAGUGUGGCGGAUAUGUCGGGCAUUGACCGCUCUGUUAUAUGUCAUCGUUUGGCUGUGAUGGAAGGGAGCCGG